AUGUUUGUAAAAAAAGCAGAUGGUUCCCUUAGGCUGGUUGUGGAUUAUCAAAAACUCAACAAGGUAACCCACAAAAAUGUCUACCCACUUCCAAGACAAGAUGACCUCAUGGCAAAACUCCAACACGCCAAGAUAUUCACCAAGCUUGACCUAUGCUGGGGGUAUAAUAAUGUGCAAAUCAAGGAGGGAGACAAAUGGAAAACGGCGUUCCGCACCAAAUAUGGUUUAUUUGAAUACUUAGUCAUGCCCUUUGGUCUUACCAACACUCCCGCCGCAUUUCAACACUUUAUGAAUGAUCUAUUCAGGGAUCUGAUCAAUGUAACAGUGGUAAUUUACUUAGACAACAUUCUCAUCUUCUCAGAAAAACCAGAAGAUCAUCUGGCCCACUUGUUCUGCAAAUUGUCAAAGUGCCACUUCCACGUCACUACGGUGGAUUACUUGGGCAUUGUCAUAUCCCCUGCUGGCUUCUCCAUUGACCAGAAAAAGAUUGAAGCAGUCACGUCAUGGACUACUCCCAGAACAGUCAAACAGGUCCAGGCCUUUCUAGGAUUUGUAAACUACCUUUGUUGGUUCAUUCCAAACUUUAGUUCAGUUGCAUGUCCCUUGCACAACCUCACCAGAAAGGAAACUCCCUGGUUGUGGGGAACCUUAGAAGAAGCAUUGUUCCAGGAAUUAAAGUCCCUUGUAACCAAGUCCCCAGUAUUGAUCCACUCUAACCCCAACCUACCCUACUACCUUGAAAUGGACGCAUCAGGAGUAGCAAUGGGAGCCAUACUUAGCCAACAAGGCCCAGACAACCACCUACACCCCAUUGCUUAUAUGUCCAAGUUGUUUUUGGGAGCAGAAGCAAACUAUGAUACCCACAACAAGGAGCUUCUGGCCAUCAUUAAGGUGUUGGAAGAGUGGCAGAUAUUCUUGGAAGCUACGGACAAACCAGUACAGGUUUUUACAGACCAUUGUAACCUAGAAUACUGGAUGCAGGCACGGAUGUUCAAUUGCAGACAUGCGCAAUGGCAAGUCUUCCUGAGCAACUUCAACUUUGAGAUCCAUUAUUGCCCAGGGAAACAGUCAGGAAAACCAGACGCCCUCUCCAGGAGAUUGGACUAUGUGGACUCUCCCCCAGAACCAGAGAUCAUGUUACAACUGGAAGUCUUUGCCAAUACAUCAGAAGAGGAAGUGGAGAUUGUCACGGAUAUUUGUUCAAGGCUAAAGGAAGAUCCAUCCCUUGAGCCUAUCAUUAAAUUCCUGACAGAAGAUGCCAACAAUGCUCCCCUGUCCAUACGCAAAGCCUAUCAAGACUACAAUUGGGAAGAGGACCUCCUGUGGUACCAAGGGAAACUAGUUGUCCUGGAUUCUGAACCCAUCAAAGAAAGGCUGUUAAGGGAAUUCCAUGACUCCCCAUUGGCAGGACACCCAGGCCAACAAAGGAUGCUCAAACUUAUCAGCCGGAACUAUUGGUGGCCUGGAAUGAAAUCUUCAGCUAAGGAGUGGGUUGAAUGCUGUCCCACAUGCCAAGCCAACAGACAAGCCCACGCUCCAGUAAUAGCCCUGAAGCCACUGGAAGUUCCCCUGUUCCCGUUCCACACAAUCUCCUAUGAUUUUAUCACAGGGUUCCCAAAGUCCCAGGGCCACAAUGCUAUUCUAGUAGUGAUUGACUCCUUCUCAAAAUUUGGCCACUUCAUCCCCACUUCCAAGAAGGUCACUGCAAAGGGGCUAGCCAAUCUGUUCAUCACCCACAUCUGGAAACUCCAUGGGCUGCUGUCCUAG